AUGCAGUUCAAGACUAUUCUUCUUUCGUCGCUCGCCAUCUUCGCAGUCCAAGCUGCACCUCCCGCCCCGACCCUUCCUGAGCGAGACGGCGGCUCCCUCGCAGAGCUCACUGAGCGCGACAUUGAAGCACGAGCUUCCUUUUGGUUUUAUGCCCCCAUCUACACCGGAGGCACAUGCCUUACCAGCUGGGGAGGAAACUGCAACUCCGUCUGUAAAACCAACGUGAGGGAGAAUGGUGUGAAGAACUGCAGCAAAAUCAGCUCUCAGAUUGCAAGAUUCGGCUGCGUGCCGGGAUGGAGCAAAUGCAAGUGCACCUGCAGCACUUGA